AUGAUGCUGACGGUUGCAAAGAGACCAACAUGCUACGAGGAUAUAAAAAAAGUCGGUGGAAUUGUUCGGGAAAGUUUUCGGGAUGCAUGUUUUGAAAUUGGAUUUCUUAAUGAUGAUAAGGAAUAUGUUGCAGCCAUUAAUGAGGCGAAAGAUUGGGGUUCAGGACAUUUUUUGAGAAAGUUAUUUGUCACUAUGCUACUAUCCGGUACAAUUAAUAGACCGCGUCAUGUUUGGGAGAAAACUUGGAAGACGUUGUCUGACGGUAUUCUUCACCGACAAAGACAGGACAACAAUAGAAGAGAUAUGCAGUUAACAGACGCUGAGUUGAAAAACUUGGCACUCAUUAAGAUUGAGAAUAUGUUGCAAUCCAAUCGAAGAAGUUUGCAUGAAUUUAAGGAUAUACCUUACCCUGAUUCUUAUGUCACACGUCACGUUGGCAAUAGACUGAUUUAUGACGAACGUGAUUAUAAUGCCGAUACUGAGCGAGAAAACUUCAACAAUCUCUUUCGUGCCCUUACAGGCGGAAGAACUGCUCAUUCGAAGUUGAAAUUACCUGUGCCAACACUUAACAACUCUACUUGCAAUGUUGACAAAAACACCGAACAUUCACAGUUAUUUGAGUGGAAAGUAGUUGUAUUUGGAGGAGAUUUCAGGCAGAUUCUUCUAGUUGUUCCAAGAGUAGGGCGUUCUGAUAUUGUUCAUGCAUCAAUAUGCUCCUCUUAUAUUUGGGACUAUUGUCAGGUCCUAACACUAACAAAAAACAUAAGACUUCAGCAAGGAAGAGAUGGUACAUGUUCUAAGGAAAUAACAGAGUUCUCAAAAUGGAUCUUAAAUGUUGGGGAUGGUAAGAUAUCUGAACCAAAUGAUGGAUUGGUUGACAUAGAGAUUCCUCCAGAACUAUUAAUACCAAUUUUGAGGAUCCUAUCAAAGCUAUUGUUGAAAGCACAUAUCCCAAUUUGGUUCAUGUAUUCCAAGAUGUUGCAUAUCUACAAGAUUUUUGCCUCAACCAUUGAAGUUGUGGAUAAAAUCAAUCAUUAUGUAUUGGAUCUAAUACCAGGAGAAGAGAAAGAGUAUCUUAGUUAG